AUCCUUUGUACAUUUAGAUUUCCAGAUAAAAUGUCCUUGCGCUAUGUGCAAAAAUUGCAGGGGAUACAUACUCCAUUUUUAUGUAGGAGUUAUCCCUUCUUAGUGACAAAAGAAAAAUCCAAAGAUGUGGCCUUCACUAAAUCCUCAUUGCAAAAGAAAUAUAAGGAUCUGGAAUUUCCUCGUACCAAAUAUGGUGGACGCAGUGUUGUCACCAUGCUGCCGGGUGGUGGCAUUGGCCCCGAACUUAUGACCUAUGUGCGUGAAAUAUUCUCCCACUGUGGCGCACCCAUUGAUUUUGAAGUCAUUGACAUUGAUCCCUCCACCCAGGGCAAUGAAGAUUUAGAAAAUGCCAUAGUGUCGAUAAAACGUAAUGGCACCGCCAUAAAGGGUAAUAUUGAAACGACAUCACAAAAUUUAAAUGAAAUUUCACGAAAUGUGGCAAUACGUAACGAAUUGGAUUUAUAUGUAAAUGUUUUGCAUUGUAAAUCGUUGCCGGGUAUACCGGCCCGUCAUCAAAAUAUCGAUAUUGUAUUGAUACGCCAAAAUACAUAUGGUGAAUAUGCAAUGAUGGAACAUGAAGCCGUACCGGGACAUGUGGAAAGUUUAAAAAUUAUGACGGAAGAGAAUGCAGAGCGUGUGGCACGUUAUGCUUUCGAAUAUGCUCGUCAGCAAGGUAGGAAGAAGGUCACCACCAUACAUAAGGCAAAUAUUAUGAAGCUGUCGGAUGGAUUGUUUUUGGAAAUGGCCAAAAAGGUGCAUAAGGAUUAUCCGAAUAUACAACAUGAAAAUAUGAUUAUCGAUAAUACGUGCAUGCAAUUGGUAUCGAAUCCACAUCAGUUCGAUGUCAUGAACUUGCCCAAUUUAUAUGGCACCAUAGUGGCCAAUGUCAUUUGCGGCCUAAUUGGUGGAGCUGGCCUAUUAUCCGGUCGUAAUUAUGGUGAUUAUUAUGCCAUUUUUGAACCUGGCACUCGUAAUACGGGUACCGCCAUUGCUGGUAAAAAUAUUGCCAAUCCCUUGCCCAUGAUCAAUGCUGGCAUUGAUUUAUUAAAUCAUUUGGGCUAUAAGGAUCAUGCUCGUAUUAUACACGAGGCAAGUUAUAAGACUGUGGUGGAGAUGGGUAUUAGAACACCAGAUGUCGGCGGUUCAAAUACCAGCACUGAUGUUAUUAAUAGCAUCAUGGAUUAUCUACCAAAUUCCAAUAUUGUCUGGCCUCAUGAAGACGAUUUUAUGCAACAAAGAGAAGUUAGAAUUUAGGCUGCUUCAAAGUUAAGAAA